CUUCUCGAGCCGGAGUUAAAAAAAAAACGUGCGCGCGCGUUUAUCGCGGCGAGGGGGUGGUGUGGACAUACUGGAAUGUAGGGACAGGCGCCAUUCGGAGGUGGCUGUCAUGUGGGGCCCACGGCUUGGCGGAUAAGUCGCCGUCGUCGAGGUUGAUCGCCGGAAUAACUGCGUGUCCAUCCCGGCGGCGCCAACGGUGAGAAAAAUUCACCUUCUUUUACAACCCCUGAACUCGUGUUGCCAGCGUUAAUUUAGCCCCGAGAAGAGGAGAGAUGGGGAAAAAGGGGAAGUGGUUCGACGCCGUGCAGAGAGCCCUGAGCACGUCGGAGAAUGACAGCCACGAGAACGAAAAGAAGGGCAAGAGGUCGACCCUGAAGAAGAUACUGCAAUUCAGCAAGUCGAGCGCGUCCACGUCGUCGCCGCCGGUGACCUCUCCGUCGGCUCGGCAGCAACCUCACCAUCAUCAUCCUCCUCCUCCACAAGCUGCGCCGCCUGAUCGGCAGCGGGAUGACGGGAUCAAGGAGGCGAAAUCCUCGGACGCCGCCGCCGCCGCCGCACAGAAGACGGCCACGGCCACGGCGGUGACCCGCCCCACGACCACCGCGCCAAGAGCUCCGGCGCGUUCCGCCGAGGAGCUCGCCGCCGUCAAGAUUCAGAAAGCAUGCAGGGUCUACCUGGGAAGGAGAUCGCAACGGGCGAGGGGAUUGGAUCGGUUGAUGCUGCUGCUGGAGGGGCUCGCCGUGAAGCGCCAGACCUACGAAGCCUUGUACUGCAUGCAAACGAUGACGAGGGUCCAGACCCAGAUACACUCCAGGCGGGUGAAGACGGAGGAGGACAAGAAGGCCCUGAAAAGCCAGGUCCACGUUAAACAGAGCCUUGACAGAAUAAAGAUUGGUGAAAGCUGGGACCAUGGACAUCAGUCCAAGGAGCAGAUUGAGACCGUGCUGACGAUGAAGCAAGAAGCCGCUUUAAGGCGGCAAAGGGCGUUGGCAUACGCAUUUUCUCAUCAGUGGAGUAACAGGAAACCUUCAUCUGCGCGAGCCUCGCCGCCUCCAAUGUUCAUGGACACCGGCAACCCCAACUGGGGAUGGAGCUGGGCGGAGCGAUGGAUGGCGGCGGCGAGGCCGUGGGAGAGCCAGACCACGCCGGCGAACAGCGGCCGUGCAGCCGCGGCGGUGAAAGGCGGCGGCAGCGGGAGGCGGGUGCCCAUGUCGGUGCAGAUACCCACGUCGACGCCGGCGUUGGCCAGGUUCACCCGCCCGCCGAGCUGCCCGUCGCCGUCGACACCCACGCCGCGGUCGCCGUGGAGGACGUCGGCGGUGCCGCCGUCGAGCCCGGGCGCCAGCCCGUUCCGGAGGUCGGCGACGGCGACGACCGGCCUGCGCCGCACGACGAGCCUGCAGCCGGAGCGGCCGCGGAGCUGCGAGCGGCGCGCGGCGGGGAGCGUCAGCCCGGUCCACGGCGAGAAGGGCGGCGUCGUCCUCCUCUCGCUGCGGCGCACGACGAGCCUGCGGUCCGGGGAGCUGCCGAGGAGGCUGAGCCUCGGAGGAGGAGGCGGCGGCCCGGCGAGAGACGACGCGGCGCCGCUGACGCCGAGCUACAUGCAGACGACCAAGUCCGUGAAGGCCAAGGCGGCUCGGCCGGCGGCGAUCGAGGUCCCCGUCACCGCCGAGAGGACGGCGCCCGAUCACCAUCAGGUGACCUCACCGUCGGUGAUCAACAGGCGCCUUUCCCUGGGCUCCGCGGACAGGCUGAGCAGCGUCCCGUCGCCGAGCAAGGCGAAGGCCGAGAGGUCGACGCCGCGACGCUCGCGGCCUCCGAGCCCAAGGUUUUGAUUAGCCAGCAGCCGAACGUGAAUCCGGUUGCUGCGAUGUUGAGAAGCGGCUGGUUGGUAGCCUGAAGGGUUGUGGCGCCGAACACAAAUCUUCUCCUCAGUACUCAAGUGUACAUGUUUUCUCUUGGAUUCUUGUGUGAUUUCUGUUGUUUUCGUACUGAGGAGAAGAUUGUGUCGUGUUACUACGUGUAUGCUUAGCGUGUGACUGUUUGGGGCUUUGAGUUUCAUUUAUGUACAGAUCGAGCAUGUAACUAUAUGUCAUCAAUCUGUGUGUGGUGGUAUAUAUGAAUGUAUCAAUUUCCACAUUUGUGUUCUA